AUGGCUGUCACCAACAAAGACGAGAUCAUCGGCACCAAUGCAUCUUCUUCUCCGAUAUUUAUAUCUACAGAGAGCUUAUGCACCAUCCUCACCCAUAACACUCUGAUAAACCACUUCCAAUACACACUCCCCCAAGCCUCAACCAUUCUCCAAACCCCAAUUCGCCAACAUUACUCUCUCUCUUCUUCUUCCUCCCUUCUCCUCAUGCCCUCUUGGUCCUCUUCCCCCUCUCUCCCUUACGUCGGCGUCAAACUCGUCACCCAUUUUCCGCAAAACUCCGCCCUCAACUUACCCGGCGUGCAGGGAAGUUAUGUCCUUUUCAGUUCCACAACUGGCCAAACCCUAGCUUCCAUGGACUCCACCGAACUCACUCUAUACCGAACCUCGUGCGUAUCUGGCUUGGCUUCCAAAUACCUGGCCAGACAUGACAGCCAGGUUCUUGUUAUGGUUGGUGCCGGUGCCUUGGCACCGCACCUGAUUAAAGGCCAUCUUUCAGCCGUACCCAGUGUGAGAAAAGUCGUCAUCUGGAACAGAACUGUGGAAAAGGCAACAACUUUGGCCGACAAACUUAAGGAAAGUGGGGAAUUUGCUGGUGUGAGUUUUGAGGGUUGUGGAUGUUUGGACGAGGUUGUCGGAUUGGGGGAUAUUGUGAGUUGUGCCACAAAUUCCGAAACACCCCUUGUGAAGGGUGGGAUGUUGAAGGGUGGGGCUCAUUUGGAUUUGGUGGGUUCCUUCAAGCCUUCGAUGAUGGAGUGCGAUGACGAGGCCAUAAGGAGGGGAAGGGUGUUUGUGGACAAUGAGGCUGCUUUAGUUGAAGCAGGGGAGCUGGUGGGGGCUUUUGAGAGAGGGGUCAUCAAGCAAGAUGAGAUUGAAGGGUGUUUGGUGGAGCUUGUGAGAGGUGACAAGGUUGGGAGAAGCAGUUCUGAGCAGAUAACUGUGUUCAAGUCUGUUGGUUCUGCUGUUGUAGAUAUGCUCGCUGCGCAGUUGGUGUUUGAGACUUAUACGAGGAGCUAG